GCCCGGCCGGAGGAGGGCAGGGGGCGGCCCGGCCUGCAGGUUUCUGAGAUCUCCAGCCUUCGCCCCCACCCCCUGAAGAAGGGUCGCCACGGAGAAGCCCUGACAUUUCUCCCUGCUCCAAAGCCUAGGGCAUGAGAAGCCAGGCCCACCUGCCUCCCCCUCCCCAGGAAGCCAUCCUCUUCCCAGGGUGCUACCUGUCAAGCCCUUCCUGUGGUAACCGUUGGUGGGGGAGGUCUUCCUGGCCCCUCCGGGACUGCUCCUUCCAAGGCCGAUAAGACCCUGCCAGGGCCAGGGGUCAAGCGAGAACCCUGAGCCCACCCCAGAGCCUUAUUAUGGGACUCCCUUGGAUUCCAGAACUUUCUGUCAGGCCGGCCUGAGCCCCCCUGGGCCGUCCCCACAACGGAGCCCACACCCAGGACGUCCCCCGAGCGUCUGAAACUGCCCAACGGGAGAGGAGCUUCUGCUUCCAGGAACCAGCGGGCACCUCGGCCCUGGCUGUUGACUCCAGGCACGAGCUCGCGGCUGGUCGGCUCCCCUUAGCCCUCCAAGGCCCCGUCUCCAACUCGCCUCCCCGUCCCGCCACCAUGAGCCACAGCACCAGUUCGCGACUGUCCGACUCCCCUCAGCUCUCCAAGAGCAGCCUCCUGACCAUCCUGGGCAGCCCCUCCCCGGAGCGCAUGGGCCCGGUAGACUCGCUGCCCCCGACGCCAACCAGCGGGACGCCCUCGCCCGGGCCGCCGCAGCUGCCCGCCCUGGGCGGCGGGGCCGGGCCGCUCGACGGAGACUGGGAGAGCCGGGAGGAGCUCCGGCUGAGGGAACUGGAGGAAGCGCGGGCCCGGGCGGCCCAGAUGGAGAAGACGAUGCGCUGGUGGUCAGACUGCACCGCUAACUGGCGGGAGAAGUGGAGCAAGGUGCGGGCUGAGCGCAACAAGGCCCGGGAUGAGGUGCGGCAGCUGCGGCAAAAAUUGGAGGCGCUGACCAAGGAGCUGACUGGGGCCCGGAGGGAGCGGCAGGACGCCCUGAAUGAGAGUGAGCAGCUCGGCAGAGAGCUGGCCAGGUGGAAGGGCGGGCAGGGGGAGGAGGGAGAGGGGGAAAGAGAAGAAGAGGAGAAGGAGAAGGAGCUGGACAACCGGGUGGCCUCGGAGAAGGAGAGCGAGGCGAGCGGGCCCGAGCAGGAGCCGGUGCGGGACGUGUGGACCGAGAGGCCGCCCAAGAACAAGGAGCUGGAGCUGAUGGAGAACCUCCUGAAGAGCAAGCACGAGGGGCCCGACAGCUGGGAGGGCCGGGGCGUGCGGACCCCCUUCUCCCGCCAGGAACGGAACCGGUUGCUCUGGGAGGAGGUGUCGGUCAUCGAGGAGGAUGCCACCAGAGUGACCGCUCUGAAGCUGCGGCUAGACGAAUCCCAGAAGGUGUUACUCAAGGAGCGCGAGGAUAAGCUGUCCCUCAGUAAGAACAUCGAGAAGCUGGAGGGAGAGCUCAGCCAGUGGAAGAUCAAAUACGAGGAGCUGACCAAGAACAAGCAGGAGGUGCUAAAGCAGCUAAACAUCCUGAAGGAGGUACACCAAGACGAGCUGGGCCGCAUCUCAGAGGACCUGGAGGACGAGCUAGGAGCCCGCUCCAGCAUGGACAAGAAGAUGGCAGAGCUGCGGAGUGAGAUGGAGCGGCUUCAGGCGGAGAACGCGGCCGAGUGGGGUCGGCGGGAGCGCCUGGAGACGGAGAAGCUGAACCUGGAGCGAGAGAACAAGAAGCUGCGAGCUCAGAUCGAGGACCUGGAAGAGGUCCUGGCCCGUAAGCGGCGGCAGACGGCCAGCGCCCUGGAUUCCGACCUCAAGGCCAUCCAAGCUGAGCUCUUUGAGAAGAACAAGGAGCUGGCAGACCUGAAGCAUGUCCAUGCCAAACUGAAGAAACAGUACCAGGAGAAGAUGGCAGAACUAGCCCAUGCCAACCGGCGGGUAGAGCAGCAUGAGGGGGAAGUGAAGAAGCUGAGGCUGCGGGUGGAGGAGCUGAAGAAGGAGCUGGCCCAGGCAGAAGACGAGCUGGAUGAGGCUCAUAACCAGGCCCGGAAGCUGCAGAGAUCCCUGGAUGAGCAGACCGAGCAGAGCGAGAACCUCCAAGUGCAGCUGGAACAUCUGCAGUCCAGGCUCCGGCGGCAGCAGAACCCGCUCUUUGGGAAGAUCCGCAGUGCCCGUUUUGGACCCGAAGAAUCUGGGGAUGGCACCAGCGACCUCGACGAGGACGAGGACUUACAGUUACAGGUUCCCUAGCGCCCGGCGUCAGAAGGAAGAGGAGGAGGAGGAGCAUGAGGGGAGAGCUUCUCAGCAGCGGCUCUGCCCCUAACAGGGCUGUGAGGACGUGGGCAGGGCAUGGCCUCCGUUGAAUUGCCAAAUCCAGGAGGGGUGCAACCACUGGGACGCGAGCAGGAUCUUAACCCAGGAGAGGAGGCCGGCCCACUUAACCACCCCCAGUGCAAGGCAAGCCCAUGUAGGCUGGAGCCUCCAGGGCCUCCUUCCUUGCUUCCUUGGAUUCCUGCUAGGCCCCACCCAAAUCGCACCCUGUCCUCUUGGCAACUCUCCCCUCUCCCCAGCUUGCCUUGAGCUUUCUGACCCACUCUGCCACCCCAGCCUCCCUGGGAAUAACCAGAGAAAAUCUGGGAGCCAGAAUGGAGGCCACAGAGGCAGGAUGGAAGCUGAGGUGAUGGGUGUGGAGGCCCAGUUCUGAGGAGAGGUGGGAAACG